AUGGAUGAUACCGCCAAGCAAUCAGCAAGCGAGGCAUUGUCUGAUGAGGAGCCAAAGCUAGAAACCAAAUCGUCUGCUGCCGCGACUGCAACUGUCUGGUCGACUGCCGAUGAUGAUUGUAUUCUGUUUGGCAGAGGGAAAGGUUGCAAUAAUCAUCCUGGAAACAAGAGAAUGCGGCUUGUCAUAGAAGGUUACAGAGAUCGGUAUCAAGGUGCCGGACGCGGAGGGAAGAGAAAGCUUGUCCAUGAAAUCUACAAAGAACUGAUCGAAGCAGGGAUGAAAUUUUUGAAGCAGGAAGAGGGACUAGAUGGAUGGAUUGAAGCGGACGCUGAUGAGGCUAUCAAGAAGGUGGGCCAUGCAAUGCGAUGUCCAAGAAUCAGAAUACGAACUGAGGCAGACUUGGGUGACAAACGUAGUGGUGCCAGUGGUUUCUCAGCAGCAGCGUACCCACACGCAGGAGCUCAUACUGGCCAAGUACUGGAAAAUAAUUCGGCUGGCAUUGGUCGAGAGCGCGUUUCUGGGCUGCUAGCUUUUUCUAGGAUGUCCACUGUUGCAAGAGCUGGAUUCCUGUCACGGGGCACGAUGGGACAUCAGGAGACGCUGAGAGGGGCCUUGCCUAUGGUAUCCGGCCCACCCUUACUUCCUUUGGGACAUAUUCCAAUGCAAAUAGAUCUGCCGUCCUUGUACGCAGGUGCACCGGCAUCGAUGGGAUUCGCGGCACCAGCCAUGCGCCUGAAUGGAUUGUCAUCAUCUCUUGAGUUGUUGGUUAUGGUUGAGAGGGAGCGCCGGCUUCGACAAGCCAGGCUGAGCAGCCAUAUCAGAAGGAAUACAGAACAGCGCUGA